GUGAACGCACAGCCGCGUCCAGAACGAGCGCCGCAGCAGACCAGCACCGGGACCUCGCCGCCGAGAUGAAGAUGAAGAUGACCGCCGCAGUGCUGGUGCUGCUCCUGGCGGCCGCCGGCGCAGUCGCCGCGCCCCAGCACGCGCCCAUGCCCUACGACUACGCGUGGAAGGUGGAGGACGCGCCCAGUAACAGCUUCUACGGCCAGCGGGAGGCGGGCAACGCCAACGGCCGCGUGGACGGCAGCUACCACGUGUGGCUGCCCGACGGCCGCCUCAUGACCGUCAGCUACUACGUGGACGGCGAGAGCGGCUUCGUGCCCAAGAUAACGUACGAGCAGAGCGCCAACCCCUUCGCCGGGUAGCUGACCCCGACCUCUUCCCUUCAAUCCCCGACAACCCUCGUCCAACCCCGUGCCAGACCCUUCUUGUCCGUUAGUUGACCCCGACUUAUUGACCCCCGCCGGUCAUAGGCCCAUCCUGUGCCAGGACCCUACUUAGUUCUUCAACCUCUUCAUCGGGUAGCUGAUCCUGACCUUUUCCUUCAACUCCCUACAAUCCCGUGCCAGACCCUGGAGCUCCGAGCGCCAGACACCAUGUAGUUCUUCAAUCACCGCACAUCUCUUCGGGACUACUAAGAUUUGAAAUUCGUGCGAAUCAGUGAAAUUGGAUUAUAAAUCUGUCAAAAUCUGCUACACUUGAAUUCAUUAUUUCCCGGGACUGUAGUUUCACAGAUUCAUCCGAGAUUUGCCACCGAUUUCUUAGUGAAUUGCCAGAUAAAUUCCUCUGAUUUAGCGAGCAAUCGUCGCUCAAGAUUCAGUGUCAUACGCGGAGGAAAACAUUUGUUUUAUCCAACGAAAUUGUUUAAUUGCGUGUGGUCAAGUAUGUAACUACAUUCAGUGCGAUAAAACUGAUUUGUUUAACAAAAAUUGUCUACUUGUUUCUACAAUAAAACUUUUGUCUCGGUGUACGAAACCACUUUGUAACCAUAUUAGAUGAACUGUUGAUUAUACAAUCCCUUGAAUUCGCCAUUUCUUUUUCAAAUAAAUUUUGAUAUGAUUUCUUAGUUUAUUAAAAUAAACUGUCUGUAGUGAUCACCGCUACACCGUAGGAUAUGCUUGUUUAGCACAAAUGAAGGAACUUUCAUUAUUUUGUAAAAUUUUAUAUUUUGUAAAUAAAUAUUGUCAUUAAAUAGUUGUUAAAAUAUCA